AUCAUUCUAAGCCUGCAGGAAGAAAAUUGCUAAUACAAAAUGAAGAAUAUCUUACAUAGCAGCUAAUCAAUGACGCACUCCCAGAGUGUCCUAGAAUUUUCCUUUUGUUCCAAAUCGAGAUGGAAUGUCAUAGAGGUGCCCUCUAAUUCCAACAAGUUACAGGCAACCAACGUAAUCUUUUCUUGUCAGAAUGUCUGAAAGCAAUCAGGAGCCUGAAGAAGUGUUUGUAAACAAGUUGUGCAUUACAAAAGGGAACAGUUUAAGCACAAUGGACAAAAAACUGAGCCUACUCAACGAGAAGGUAGAUAGACUGUUAAAUUUCCAAGAAGACUGGACGGGGAAGCUCCAGAAGGUCAUCGAAGGGAUUGAUGAUUUGGGGAAAGGCCUUCACAGGCUCACUGUCUCCCAGACACCUGCUGACCAGAUCGGUGGAGUAGUAAAAAGAGGUCUGAAAUCUGAAGAUGGGGUUCAUCAGAAGGACACCCAAAGUACCUGCACGGAGAUCCUAAAGCUUAUGAAAGUGACACAUCAAGAUGCUUCAAAGUAUAGGGAAAGGUUGGAAAAGAUGGAGAAAAUGGUAGACUCCGUGGACAAGGUUGUGAAAUGUUUGGGAGAGACUUUCAAAAACUCUAAGGUAUUGGAUUUCAUCCUGAAGGGUGGCAUCCCUUGGCGGAAAGGGAGUCCAGUUGAAAUCACAGAAGAGACGAAAGAUAAACCAGAAGAGAAAGGUGCAAAAGCAAAGCAUGCACCUACCAACAAAGGAAUCCAGGCAGAAGGCAAGAAUUCCUUGGAAGAAAACAAAAGGGAGAAAAAGUUGGAUGAUGGUGAUGGAGCACGUGAAAAGGUGAAUGUGCCUCACAUGGUCCCUUCCAACGUCAACUGCAGUCUGCACAUGAAAGACAAGAUGGCCCAGUCUGAAACCACUAAAGAAGCACGUGGGCAGGCAAAUAGCUCUAAGAGCUGCCAAAAGCAAAAGGACAUUGGUGUUAAUGCCGUGCUGCAGAACAAUAGUAUUUCCUGCAUAAGCGGUGGCAAUCUGGCUGGAAGCCAGAACACAGGCCAAAACCCAGGCCUAGAAGAUCCUCUAAAAAAGCAUGUCAACCCAAAACUCAAGGAAAGUGAAAACAACAUUUCAAAACCAAAGGAAAACGAAAACAGCGUUUCCCGAUUCAGUACUCCUGCCGGGGAAACUGUGCCAUCUACCUCUAAGUGUGGCAGUGAAGUUAUUCGGACAAGGCUUUCGAUCAACGUGCAACUGAGCGAUGAUCAAGACAAGGCUUCAAAGAGCAGAGAAGGUGGUGUUGGAGGCCACAGAGGUAAAAGCUCUGGAGCAUCAGCAAGUCUUUCUUCACCAUUGGGAGGUGAAGGAGCAAAACAUUUGCCAGAUUCCUGUAAAGCUAAGCAGCCCUCUAAGAACAGCCGGACUGAACCUGCCCAAGAAGCAAAAGGGGGAAAGCCUUCUAAGAAGCAAGGUGAGCAGGAGCCGAAAUUGAUGGGUCCACCACCACUUGCGAAGGCUGAAGGGAAAGCAGAGAUCAAAUGCAAAACUGUUUCGUGCCUGGACUCAGCUGCAAAGGACUCUGGGAAAGAUCCAGGAGGCAAAGUGAAAAGCCACAAGGAAACCACAAAGAUAACAAAAGUCUCUGUGAAAGAUGGCAUAUCAGAGACUGAGGAAUCAAGUAGCUCACCUGUAAGAAGGGAAGACGGAAGACCCAGUCAGGGUGCUGGUAAACCAACUGAAGAUGCUUCCGCAUUAGGAGCUGGUAAAGUGGAGGAGGUCAUCAUUGAUGAUAGCCCUCCUCCUCCUGCUCCUUUUGAACAUCGCAUAGUGAGCAUCAAGCAAACAGAGUUAACUACGUGUUACUUGGUAUGCCAUCACGAAGUCUUGGGAGGGGGGCGUUUUGGUCAAGUUCACAAGUGUACUGAAAAGUCAACAGGACUCUGUCUUGCAGCGAAGAUCAUCAAAGUGAAAGCAGCAAAAGAAAGGGAAGAAGUGAAAAACGAGAUAAAUAUCAUGAACCAAUUGAACCAUGUGAAUUUGAUUCAGCUCUAUGAUGCUUUUGAGUCCAAGAACAACCUCACCUUAAUAAUGGAAUAUGUUGAUGGUGGCGAACUGUUUGACCGGAUCACAGAUGAAAACUACAAUCUUACUGAAUUGGAUGCCAUCCUUUUUACCAAGCAAAUAUGUGAAGGAAUCUACUACCUGCAUCAACAGUACAUCCUUCAUCUAGACCUGAAGCCUGAGAACAUACUAUGUGUGAAUUGCACAGGAAACCAGAUUAAAAUUAUUGAUUUUGGAUUAGCAAGGAGGUACAAGCCCCGCGAGAAGCUGAAAGUUAAUUUUGGCACACCAGAAUUUUUGGCUCCUGAAGUGGUGAACUAUGACUUUGUGUCGUUCCCGACGGACAUGUGGAGUGUGGGCGUCAUAGCAUACAUGCUGGUCAGUGGCUUAUCGCCCUUCCUGGGAGAAACUGACACGGAGACCAUGAAUUAUAUUGUCAAUUGCAGCUGGGAUUUUGAUGCGGAAGCAUUUGAACAAGUGUCUGAAGAAGCAAAAGACUUUGUUUCCAGACUUCUAGUAAAGGGAAAAAGUGGCAGAACAAGUGCAGCAAAUUGCCUUAAACACGAAUGGCUGAUGGACCUGCCUGGCAAAGCCAAGAAAACAAAGGCUUGCUUGAAGUCCCAGCUGCUACUACAGCGUUACAUGGCACAGAGGAAAUGGAAGAAGCAUUUCUACGUGGUUGCUGCUGCCAACAGGUUAAGGAGGUUCCCCAGCAUGUCUGAAAGUCCUGCGUAAGCUGUUUUAGAAGACGACAGAAAACCAAAAGGACUUCAUGCUUUUCGCCAUCGGCCCACCCGCUUGGCAAUUAGGAUUUCUUUCCGUCUCUUCCAUUAUCCCAUAGCCACAAGUGUGCUUAAUUUUCUGCCUUUGAGCCUGAUAGGAUAGACCGGGACUUUCGAUAUAUAUAAAAAACCCAGUUGUGUUGUUACAAGCGAACACAUGAAAGAGGUGGCUGGAAUGGUUGGGCAGGGGAGAAGCUUGAAUUAUGCCUCAUAUACCUUCAUUUCUCUAAUUAUAUGUUAGUGCUUAGCAAUGAACCCUUUCUGAGUGGGACUGGUUUCCUUCAAGAAUGUAAUCUGGUUUGAGAACCUUGGGGCAUGGAUAAAGGAGCUGAUUUUAAAGCAGCAGCAACAACAUCCUUGAUACAGCUAAUUUCAGUCUAUUUGCUUUCAAGCUAAUAUACUACGCACAGAUCAAUUAUGUACAGUUACAAACAUUUCCCAGCAUAAGACCAAUGUCAUCUUACAGUAAUUGAUUUUGAGUCAGUGUUUCAAAAUAAAAUAUCAUA